GUAGUGUGGCAAUGACAAGCUCCUACGAUUUCCGGCAGUGUGGCCACUAGUAGAGGAAGAGGAAGAGGAAGACGAAGGGGGAAGAUGUCUGAGAGCCAAGGUGAGGCGGGAAACGAGAUGCCGGCGAAAAAACAGAAAUUGAGCAGCGAUGAGAAUAGUAAUCCCGAUCUUUCGGGUGAUGAAAAUGAUGAUGCUGUCAGCAUUGAGAGUGGGACAAACACGGAGCGUCCUGACACACCCACUAACACACCCAACGCCCCGGGUAGGAAGAGCUGGGGAAAGGGCAAGUGGAAGUCCAAGAAGUGCAAGUACUCCUUCAAGUGUGUCAACAGUCUGAAGGAAGACCAUGGCCAGCCCCUGUUUGGAGUGCAGUUUAACUGGCACAGCAAAGAGGGGGACCCCCUCGUCUUUGCUACUGUGGGGAGCAAUAGGGUGACCCUAUAUGAAUGUCAUUCCCAAGGAGAGAUCCGGCUCCUCCAGUCCUACGUGGACGCGGAUGCCGAUGAGAAUUUCUAUACCUGCGCCUGGACCUUCGACACCAGCACCAGCCACCCGUUAUUGGCUGUGGCUGGGUCACGUGGCAUCAUCCGCAUCAUCAACCACAUCACCAUGCAGUGCAUCAAGCACUAUGUGGGCCAUGGAAACGCCAUCAAUGAACUGAAGUUUCACCCUCGAGACCCCAACCUCCUGCUUUCUGUCAGCAAAGACCACGCCCUGAGGCUGUGGAACAUCCAGACGGACACGCUGGUGGCCAUUUUCGGGGGUGUGGAGGGUCACCGGGACGAGGUUCUCAGUGCGGACUUCGAUCUCCUUGGGGAGAAGAUCAUGUCGUGCGGGAUGGAUCACUCCCUUAAGCUGUGGAGGCUCAACUCAGAGAGGCUCCAGAGGGCCAUCCGCGGCUCCUACGAGUAUAACCCCAGCAAGACCAACCGGCCAUUUGUCUCCCAAAAGAUCCACUUUCCAGAUUUCUCCACACGGGACAUUCACAGGAACUACGUGGACUGUGUUCGCUGGCUGGGAGACCUUAUCCUAUCCAAGUCGUGCGAGAACGCCAUUGUGUGCUGGAAGCCAGGGAAGAUGGAGGACGAUAUCGACCGCAUUAAGCCCAACGAGUCGAACGUGACCAUCCUCGGUCGCUUCGACUAUAGCCAGUGUGACAUCUGGUACAUGCGAUUCUCCAUGGACUUCUGGCAGAAGAUGCUGGCUCUCGGGAAUCAGGUGGGGAAGCUGUACGUUUGGGAUUUGGAGGUGGAGGACCCGCACAAAGCCAAGUGCACGACCCUCACCCUCCCGAGGUGCACCUCCGCCAUCCGGCAGACCAGCUUCAGCCGCGACAGCAGCAUUCUCAUCGCCGUGUGCGACGACGCCUCCAUCUGGCGCUGGGACCGUCUCCGCUGAUUGGCUGGCAGCAGUGGGGAAAGCGUUGCUGGUUGGCUGCCCUUGUGUCAGGAUCCAUCGCUCUCGGACCAGAGAUCUGUGGCAUUUUAUAUACUUGGAUGAUUCUUUUCACUGCUCUCUUUCUCGUGGGUUCUAAUAAAGUUUUAUUUUUCUAA